GAAUGCAUGUGGAAGAGGAACAAGGGCACCUGUGCUUCUGUGACGCAAUCGUUCAAAGGCAGGUAUACAAAAAAAAUCGAAAACACGGCUGUGAAGACCUUCGUCCACUUGUUCGCUAGUGAGGAUUUAAGCAACAAGGAAAGAGAUGGAUCGAGAGGAAUAAAACGCGAUCGGAGGCUGUGACGUGAUGUGACCGAAGACACAUGACUGGCGCAUGCGCGUCGAUGCCGGCGGUACGCGAGGUUAGUCUCAGAGUGUCGCAAUCUCGGGCGUGGAUGACGAACAAAGGAGAUUCUUGCGUAUGUCGUCCUCGCAGGAUCGAUGCAUGCCUUUCCGAGCAGUCUCCAUUGCUCGUUGUAUCCAAUCAUGGGGGAUUUCAAAUCCAAAUGGCGUGAAGCUCUCGCUAUUCGAAGGCAGAGUGGCAAAUUCGAGACGAGAAGCACCGUGGAUACAUAGCGUUCAUCGUGUUCUUGUCCGUCCUAUCAUAAGGUCCUUCCUAAGCGCGAAACCCACCUUCUCCAAACAGUAUACAUGGAACACCGCCCUAACAUUCCUGGCUCUCAGCUUCCAGGUGGCUCCAACAUACCGCGCAGAAGGUCACAUAGUCAGCCAGGACCGCCUCCAGCAGCUGCGGGUCCGAGUUAUAGGGCAGCAGAUCCAUUUGAUUUUAGUUACCUCUCACCGUUACCAGCACAAGACUCUGAAUUCCCCUACGACGAGGACUUGUUCAGGACCUUUAUGUCUAUGUCGAAUGAGCAGCAGGAACAUCAUCAACAGCCCCUAGGAUUUCCACCCUAUCCGCCGCCUCCUGCACCACCCAUGCCAGAACAAUUACCAAACCAGGCGGGUGUCAACCCGCUCGUUACACAGGCGUUCUUGGCCUGGCUGCAAUACGUCCAUUUGCAAAAUCAGCUUGCACAAAACCAGCCACAAUCACAACAGCAACAGCAACAACAACAUGUACCUCAACAGCCGCCACAACAUCAACAGCCAAUUCAGUUUCCAUUUUCUCUGCAGACACAGGGUAACAUUGCGCCACCACAUCCACCUCCUGACGUGUAUCAAACAGCUCCACGUCCAACACCACAGGCCGGUCCAAGCGGACCUUCACGUACACGCGCGGUAUCUGUUUCAGCCGCUUCCAGUCCAGCAUCACCCGAGGGAGUCGAACUCACGGAGGCUGAACAGAUAGUUAUAGCGGAGGACAAGCGGCGGCGAAAUACAGCAGCAUCAGCACGAUUCCGAGUGAAAAAGAAACAAUGGACACUCAACUUGGAACGUUCAAUCUCGGACUUGUCGGGGCGAGUAGAGGAGCUGGAACGAGAAGCAGCGGAGCUAAGACGAGAGAAUGGCUGGUUAAAGGAGAUUGUCAUGCUUAAGAGCAAGCGGUUUGGAGGAACUGCGCCAGAACUAGAUCCCACUUCCUCGCAACCAGGCUCAGGUUCGGGCCCGUCCUCGACCGAAGGGUCCAGUACAAGCGUAGACAAAGGUGCUGAAAAUGAGAAGGAAGGUGGUCCUGCGGACGGUAGCAAUACAUCUGGGAAAGACAAAGGAAAAGGAAGAGCGCUCCCUUGAAUGACUGAUAUACCCUGCAUGAUCUAUAUACCUAUCAUUACAC